UCUCGGACUCGCUGAAGUCUGAGAGCGGCCGCCGACGGGGGAAAUCACCCAGCGAGAGAGAGAAGAACGAACGGCGGAGCACAGAAAGCAAUAAUGGCGGCUGGAAUUUCACAAGUCACUCCCUUUUCCUGUCCUCUCAGAGGCCGAACGAGCAACUGCGGAAGCAGCGUUCUCCUCGUCUUAGUCUCCGAGUCCAGUAAGCGACCUGGCCAUGGCCGCAGCCCUAGCCGCUUCACUUCGGUUCGAGUUUCUUCGUCUUCUCAAUCUCAACAUCCAAUCCCUGCAAAGGAAGGCCGAGACUCAGACGACGAACGUCUUCCUCCGCGUGGCGUUGCAAGCUCGGCGACAAUUCGUACCAAGGGAGCAUACGUGAGUUCCGGGAAACUGAAAGCUAUAAGGUUGAAAAUGCUUGGUGUGGAAAAAGAUGAUUCUUCGUCAAUGGAGCGGAAUGUAGAGGGACAGGAUAAGAAAUUAGCUCCUAGGUCGAGAACUAGAGUAGAAGUGAAACAUAAGUCGUUAGAUGCCCCAACCGAACGUAGGAUGCCCAGGUUAAAAGGUUCAGAUUAUGAGUUGCCUGAUGGGGAAACAAAGGAAAUGUUGGGUUCCCGUGCUGACGAUGAAGAUGAUGACUUUGAGAGGAUGCCGAAGUCACGAAGUACAUCGUAUGAUAAGUCUACGACGAGGUUUGAUUCGAGAAGAGGCUUUAGUAGCAGAAGCAGCAGCUCGAGAUCCAACUCCAGGAGGUGGGGUGAUAAUGAAGAAGAAUAUGAUGAUGAAUUUCACAGGAUGUUGGAGUCGCGAAGUACAUCGUAUGAUAAGUCUACAACGAGGUUUGAUUCGAGAAGAGGCGGCAGCUCAAGUUCCAACUCCAGGAGGUGGGGUGAUGAAGGUUCCGUUCAUAGUUUCAGACCCAGAUCACAGUUCCCUUCACAGCGACAUGAUAAAUUUUCUUCAGGAAGUGACUUCUUCAGUAGGAAAUCAUUCAGGGACAUUGGAUGCAAAGAGUAUAUCAUUGAAGCUUUGAAAGGGCAGCUUUUGCAUCGUCCUUCACAUAUUCAGGCCAUGGCAUUUUCUCCUGUGAUUGAAGGGAAGACUUGUGUCAUCUCUGAUCAAAGUGGUUCGGGCAAAACCCUGGCAUAUCUUCUCCCUGCAAUCCAGCGUUUCAAGGAAGAAGAGAAACAAGCAGCUGGUGAACCCGUAGCACCAAAAACUCCUCAAGUGUUCAUCAUGGUGCCAACUGCCGAGCUGGCUUCUCAGGUUCUGAACAAUUGCCGGUCAAUGUCGAAAUUUGGUGUUCGGUUUCGGUCCAUGGUUGCAACAGGUGGAUUUCGACAGAAAACCCAGUUGGAGACUCUAGAACAAGGUGUCGAUCUGGUGAUAGCAACACCUGGCCGUUUCCUCUUCCUGAUUAAACAAGGCGUCUUGAAACUAGAAAAUCUUAGAUGUGCUGUUCUGGACGAGAUUGAUAUACUGUUUAAAGAUGACGACUUUGAAGCUGCACUCCAACUCUUGAUCAGUUCUUCGCCUAUUACUGCACAGUACCUAUUCGUGACUGCAACAUUACCUGUAGACAUUUACAACAAGCUUGUGGAGAUCUUCCCUGAUUGUGCAAUGAUCAUGGGCCCUGCUAUGCAUAGGACGAGUGUUGGGUUAGAAGAGGUACUUGUCGAUUGCAGUGGGGAUGUUGCAGCCGAGAAAACUCCUGAGACGGCAUUUGAGAACAAAAAAUCUGCUCUGCUGCAGCUUGCAGAGCAAAGUCCUGUUUCAAAGACGAUUGUUUUCUGCAACAAGAUUGAGACGUGCAGAAAAGUGGAGAAUGUGUUGAAACGUUUCGACAGGAAAGGAAUCAACAUUCAAGUCCUUCCAUUCCAUGCUGCUCUGGCUCAAGAAUCGAGGCUGGCAAAUAUGAAAGAUUUCAUGAACCCACAUCACUCUCCAGACCAGUCUUUGUUUCUUGUUUGCACCGAUAGAGCCUCGCGUGGGAUCGACUUUGCAGGUGUGGAUCAUGUUGUCUUGUUUGACUUCCCAAGGGACCCGAGCGAGUAUGUCCGACGAGUGGGAAGAACUGCUAGAGGUGCCGGAGGGAAAGGGAAGGCGUUUGCGUUCGUGGUGGGGAAGCAAGUUUCUCUAGCGAGGCGGAUAAUAGAGAGGAAUCAGAAAGGGCACCCGUUGCACGACGUUCCAGCAGCAUAUGAGUUGAUGUCUUCAUGACCAGGGAACGCCGGCCUUGGUGUUGUUCUCGCAAACUCCCUUCCAUCUAGAGGGAACGGGGCUAUACCCUUUGUCGCUAAAACUCUUGGAUUCGGGCCAAACACCUGUAACAAACUCCACAUAUAUAUAGUCAGAUAUCUCAUCAGAAAUAUUUGUAUUGACUACUAUAAUCAAGAU